UCAUCUCUCUUUAUAGUCUCUAUACAUACAAAUAAUAAUGUCUGAAGAAAUUGGGAAAUCCAAUAAGAUCCGACAUAUCGCCGGAAUUAAGCAGAUGAUACGACGGUGGCGCAGAAAGGCGGCGUCUUCAUCAUCGUCAACCGGUUCAUCCUCAAUCAGUAUGACGAUGAUGAUGAUGAUGAUGACAAGCGGUCGAGAAGUGCCGGCUGACGUUCCAGAUGGAUACGUGGCGAUCUGCGUUGGGAGCGGGUGCAGGAGAUUCGUUGUCCGUGCGACGUACCUGAACCACCCCAUAUUUAACGGCGUUCUCAGUCAGGCGGCGGAAGAGUACGGCUUCGCCAAUCAUGGCCCACUAACCCUUCCUAAUUGCGACGAGUCACUCUUUAAGGAGAUGAUCCGGUUCGUGUCCAGAGCCGAGUCUGCUAAACCGGCCGGAUUAUUCUUUAACCGGACUCAAACUCAUCAUCAGGAUCAACAACUGCAGAGAUGCUUGGCCGGAGAAGAAUCUCGGCGGCCGUUGCUUCAUCAUCAUCAUCAUGACAAAACUCCAAUUUGUUAAUAAACUUUGAACGGGUCGGGUCGGUUUAUUAGGAGUUAAUUUAGAUUUUAUAUAUAAAAUAUCUUUUUAAUUGAGUAUGAUUAUGCUAUUUUUCAUUUUCUUAAUUGGGGAAAUUAAGAAAUUAAUCCAACAUAUAUA